UCUCACAUGGUUCUGGUCGUGUUGCCAAACAACAUGCUUUAUUCAUAAAAACUGUUUGACUAAUAAUUAUCAAUAUUUGAUAGAAAAAAAAAAAAUAUAGCAAUAUAUUUAAGAAUAAAUACAGCUAUGAAGGAAUUUACAAAAGAUUUUGAUAUAUUCGUCGGUGGCAAGUCUGGAGUCUUUAAAGGUGUAAAAUUUGAUAAAAAGACAUGCAUCACAAAAAAUAUACAGAAUUUAGUUUCGAUUACAAAAGACGAUGAAAUCACAACAAUGUCUUGGGCUGAUGAAGAUGAAAGAGAAAUACUCAUAGGAUGUGGUUCCAAUGAAGUUAGAAGUGUAAAGAUCUACGAUAGCGAGAGCGGUACAUUCACUAGCACUUUCCGAUGUGACAUCGGCACAGGAAAAAUAAAUGGAAUUUCUCGUUAUAAUGAUGCUAUUUUAACUGCAGUUGAAUCUGGUCAUGUAAAACUUUGGAGAUAUGGAAAAAAAGAUGAGUUGGUGAUAGAAGCUGGAGAAAAUUUACACAAAAUGAAACACUCUAGUGUUAAUAAAAAUAUAAUAGCAACAGGUGGUAAAGAACAUAAACUUCAAUUGUUUGAUUUAGAGAAAAAAAUAAGAAUUUUUGAAGAAAAAAAUGUUCGAAAUGAUUGGUUAGAGUUACGAGUUCCACAAUGGGUAUCUGACAUAGGCUUUUUACCACAUUCACAAAAAAUUGCAACUUGUAGUAGAUACGGAUAUAUCCGUUUAUAUGAUCCAGCUUUACAAAGACGACCAGUUAUAAAUAUAGAAAUUAAAGACCAAGCUUUAACAACGUUAGCAAUUGCUCCCAAGGAGAAGCAUAUCGUUGUGGGCUCAGGAAAAGGAAUAAUGAAUUUAGUUGACUUACGUAAACCUGGAAAAAUUUUAAACACGUAUAAAGGAUUUGUAGGAGGAAUUACUGCUAUAGCAUGUAGUAAAGAUAACCCCUAUAUCGUCAGUGUUGGAUUGGACAGAUUCCUUCGAGUGCAUGACUUGAAUACUAAAAAAUUAUUGCAAAAGAAUUAUUUAACUUCGAGAUUAAGUUGCUUAGUUUUACGUUCUGAUUUCGCAUUAAGUACAGAAAAGGAUUCAGUAACCAUUAAAGAAGAAAACGAGGUAGAGGUUGUAAAUGGAAGUAAUGGUCAAAGUAUUCAGGAUAUACAGGAAGAUAUAAAUACUGAUGAAGAAUACGAUGCUAUGUUUAAUGAAAUGCAAGCUAUUGGCUAUUCUAAAUCUAGAAAAAAGAAAAAAAAUGUUUGAUAAUUGUAAAUAAAUUUAAACGAUAAAAUGAAAUGUGUUGCUAUUGUUAAUUAUACAAUAUUUUACUAUUUUUGUAAAGAAAA